AUGGCAACUCCGCUCUCCUACCCCACAGAUACCUCCUUGGAUUUUGUCCCUGAAUCCUCACCGGGUGCAGAAACACCUGCUGUUCAAGGAGCCCCUCCCUUGGAUUCAUGUCAGUCCCUGGAACCAGCCCAGGCACUGGACGAUGGCAGCACAGAGGCUUUCAUCGUGGUCCUGCAGCCAGGGGCAGAGGUGCAGGUGAGUGUGGGAGAAGAAGUCCUCAUCCUGGCCCCACAGACGGCCCUGCAACUGACCCUGGGCCAUGUGGUUCUAGUGCUAGUCCCUGAGCAUGAGCUGAGAGCGCCAGACGGUCUGCAGUUUCCUGUGCAGACCCAAGGCAUCUCACCCUGCGUCGCUGACAUUACCUGGCAGAUUCAUGUUCGAGGCGGAGAACCCAAAGCCAUGGGCACAGAGCAGGUGCCUGUCUGGCCGGCGGAAGAGGGGGAGGCAGCUUCCCCUGCCCACCAGCCCUUGCCGAGGUGCCCAGUAGGCCAGGUUGCUGGGAUCAGCCCUUCCCUCCUGAUGAUUCCGCUCUGCCUCCCUCAUUAUCCAGCACCUGCCCCCCGGCGCUUCCCCCUGCCACUCACUCCUAGUCCAGUGAGACUCUCCGAGCCAGAAGCCCUCAGCGUCCACCUCCGUGGUCUGGAACCUGUGCCCGGCUCUGCCCUCCAACCCAUGACCCCUUCUCCAAGUCCAGGGGCCCGGAUGUCCCACAGGGUCCAUAUCAGGCCUUCUAGCAAAGCCCGGAGGUGUCUCUUCCAAAAGUGA